AUGGGGUCGCACUCACUGCGGGAUAGUGAAAUAUGUGACUUAUUGCACCAGUAUGACAGCGAAGACGGGUUAGAGGGCGAUGAUGACAGCGUAAUUGAUCCAGAUUUCCAGCCGUUAUCAGAAGAUUUAGAACUUUUUUCUGAUUGUGAAGAAAAUACUGGAGUUGAUAUAGAUGCAAUUAUUGAAGAAUCUGAACGUAGUGAGACUAUUGCUGGCUCCUCGUCUGCAGAUCCUGGACAGCAAGAUAGCCAAUCAAAUAAAGCUUCGACUAAUCAAAAGCGACAAAAGCGGCAAUUACAAUGGAAAAAAAAGAACCUAGUUCUAAGCGACCAACAGUUGCAAUUUACGGGUAAUACUACUUUACCGCCUAAUUUACUUGAGCUUGAUACACCAAUUCAAUUCUUUUUCUAUUUAUUUCCCAAAGAAUUGAUAAGUUUUAUUACUGAACAAACUAAUCUCUACAUUAUACAAAAAAAUCCUAAUCAAUCCUUUCAAAUAACUGAUACCGAUAUCCAGCAGUUCAUUGGUGCAACUUAUAUGAUGUCAUUGAUACAGUUGCCAAGGGUAACCAGUCACUGGAACACAUCUAUUGGUACACCCAUGAUUCAAGAAAUAAUGCCAAAGCAAAAGUUUGAAAAAAUUAGACAGUAUAUUCAUUUCAAUGACAAUUCUAAUUUACCCUCACGUAAUGCAACUAAUGGUGACAGGCUUUUCAAAAUUAGACCUAUCAUAGAAAAUUUGAAUAGGACUUUUAGUGGAGUUCCAUUGGAGAGGUACCUUUGUGUGGACGAACAGAUUUGCUCCACUAAGGCAAGAAGCAAUUUGAAAAGAUAUAAUCCCAAAAAACCACACAAAUGGGGUUAUAAGAUUUUUGUACUAAGUGGGGUCUCAGGUUUCGCCUAUAAAAUUGAACUUGAAACAGGAGCUGAAAAUAUUGUGCUCCCCGCAGAACCAGAUUUAGGACCAUCUUCAAACGUUGUAGUCAGAAUGGCGCGGGUCAUACCAAGACAUCAGAAUUAUCAACUUUAUUUUGAUAAUUACUUUACUUCCUUGGCAUUACUGGAGUACUUAGGUAAAGAGGGUAUACUGAGUCUUGGGACAGUAAGACGCAAUCGUAUUCCAGAUUGCAAACUACCCGCUGACAAGGAAGUGAUGAAAAAGGAACGCGGAUUUUCCGUUGAAUAUGUGACGAAUAUGGGCGGCAUUGAUGUGUCGAACGUUAUAUGGAAAGACAACAAAGUUGUAACGCUCGUAUCAUCUUUUGCCGGUGAAUUGCCGAAGGCCCAAGUCAGACGUUACGAUAAGGCCAAUAAGAAGUAUAUCAAUAUUGAUCGCCCUCAUAUCGUCGGAGAAUAUAAUCGCCAUAUGGGAGGUGUAGAUUUGAUUGACAGUAUUAUGGGAAGGUAUAAAAUUUUGACACGAAGUAAAAGAUGGCAGGUUCGGAUGUUCUACCACUUUUUAGACCUGACUAUGGCUAAUUCUUGGCUUUUAUAUCGAAGAGUAAGGCAGGCAAAAAACUGCAGUGACAAACAAAUGUCUUCAGCAGAUUUUCGACUUGACAUCGGUGAGACUUUAUGCAAGCUUGGCUUGAAACCUAAUGUCAGACAUCGAAGAUCAAUUGAAUGUGAAAUUCAAGCCAAAAAACACAAGGGGCCGGCGCAACAUGUCCCCCCAAUGGCAGUAAGGCAGGAUCAAAUUGGCCACUGGCCGAUUUGGGUAGAAAAAAGGGUUCGGUGCAAGUUUCCCAAGUGUACUGGUGUAUCACAAACAAUUUGCGAAAAAUGCGGAGUAGUGUUAUGUUACAACAAACAAAAUAAUUGUUUUAGAUCCUUCCAUACUAAAUAA